GGCUCAGUGCGGUUGUCAGUCACGUCGGCUUCAGAAAAAGAAACAAGACCAGCAGAGUUUUGGUGAAAGCACUGGAUGAAUACUAUUAUUUCUGAAUUAUCAGUCUGUCUACACAUUGGGCAGCAUGUGGCAGCGGAACUACAGCCUUGACUGUAACGUAGGCUGAGGAAAUGAUGCCGGCUAGCCCGCUAGCUUAGUUUAGCCUCACACACUCCGGACAGCGUUGCAGCUAACAAGCUUUUAACAACUUAUUAUUCAAGGCAAAGCAACCAUGACGCAGAAAACCAGUCUGGUUUCAGUUUCCCUCAGGGUGGAGGGUAUGACUUGUGGCUCUUGUGUCCAGUCCAUAGAGCAGCGGAUUGGGUCAUUUCCUGGGGUGAUACAUAUAAAAGUGUCUCUAGAGGAGAAAAGUGCAUAUAUCGUCUUUGACCACAGUCAACACAGCUCCGAGUCUCUGUCAGAGGCUAUCGAGGAUAUGGGCUUUGAGUCAAGUGUACCCGAAGGCAGCGUAGCCACACCGGUGUCUACAGAGACUCAGCUGAUCGCCCCAUCAGGCCUGACACCUGCAUCCCAACAGGAAGCGCUGGAGAAACUGUCAAAAACUCAUGGGGUGUUGGAUGUCCGAGAAAACCUGCCCCAGAUGGGUCUCAAUGUCACUUUUAUUCCUUCUCUGGCUUCCACACAGCAGCUGAGUGAGGUGGUGGCCAGUGUAACACCUAUGGAGAUCCAAACUCUAAGUAACCCUGUGCAAAAUAGCCUAAACUUGUCUCCGUUGGAGACAGCAGGAGGUGGAGUAGCGCUUCUGAAGUUAUGCAUUGAAGGAAUGACCUGUCACUCGUGCACCACCACUAUCGAAGGGAAGAUUGGAAAACUGAAAGGGAUUGAAAAGAUCAAAGUUGUUUUGGAGUCUCAGGAAGCUACAAUCGUCUACCUGCCGUACCUCAUUCCCGUAGAGACCAUCAUCAGCCAGAUUGCUGUGGCUGGCUUUAAAGCAGUCGUCAAAUCCAAGCCCCGCACCUUGCAAUUAUCCCCCAAGGACAUUGAACGUUUUGUUGAUUCUCAAAAACAGACAGUUUCUUCACCGUCAGAGACGUCAGAGGAGACGGAAAUCUUCAUAGAUACUACACUUGUCAUGCUCGGGGUCAAAGGCAUGCACUGUCAUUCCUGUGUGGUCAAUAUUCAGGACAACAUCUCAGUGCUGCAUGGGGUUUCCUCUGUGGAGGUCUCCCUGGAGAAGGAGAAGGCUUCCAUCUGUUAUGACCCUUUAAAGGUCACAGUGACUCAGCUGCAGCAGGCCAUUGAGGCGCUGCCUCCAGGAAACUUCAAGACUGAGGCCUGGGACUGCUCUGAUCCUCUCAGUCCUGUAUCCACAUCACCUGUGCUUCCUACAUCAGUAUCACAGGCUGCCCGGGCAACCCAAGCCAAAGCUGCUGCUUCACAGCCUUGUUUCACACAGCCUCUGGUGUCGGGGGUGACUAUUCAUAUUGAAGGCAUGACAUGCAAUUCCUGUGUGCAGUCCAUUGAAGGAAUGAUCUCCCAAAGGAAAGGGGUGGUGACCGCACAGGUCUCUCUGGCUGAACACCAAGGUGUGUUUGAGUAUGAUCCUCUCCUGACCACACCAGAAGAGCUGAGGGAGGCCGUAGAGGACAUGGGCUUCGAUGCUUUUCUACCUGAGACCAAUUCUUUACUGCCUGCGCCAGAUCCAGUAUUUUCAAGAUCCCCAAGUACAGCACCUGCACAGAGGAAGGGGUUGGACAGUGACCCUCAAAAAGAGACCCCCCGGGAGCAGACUGGAGGCACACACUCUAAAUGCUACAUCCAGAUCGGAGGGAUGACUUGUGCUUCCUGUGUUUCAAACAUUGAGCGAAACCUCAAGAAUGAACCUGGUAUCUACUCUGUUCUAGUAGCACUAAUGGCUAGUAAGGCAGAGGUCCGUUAUAACCCUGAAGUUAUCGACCCGUUGAAGAUAGUUGAGUGUGUGAAAGAGCUGGGCUUCACGGCCUCAGUCAUGGAGGACUACGAAGGCUCGGACGGAAACCUGGAGCUAGUGGUCAGAGGAAUGACGUGUGCCUCUUGUGUACACAAAAUUGAGUCUAGCCUCAUGAAACAAAAGGGGAUUAUAUAUGCUUCUGUUGCCUUGGCAACUAACAAAGCGCACGUUAAGUUCGACUCUGAAAUUAUAGGGCCACGAGACAUCAUCAAGCUGAUCGAGAACCUGGGAUUUGAAGCAUCUUUAGUGAAGAGAGACCGCACUGGCAGUCACCUGGACCACAGCAAAGAGAUACGACAGUGGAGGAAAUCGUUCCUUGUGAGCUUGUUUUUCUGCGUGCCUGUGAUGGGUAUGAUGAUCUACAUGAUUGUAAUGGACCACCAGAUGAGUGCUUCACAUCACCACAACGCUACUAUGGAGGACCGCAACCAGUACCACUCCACCAUGUUUCUGGAAACACAGCUGCUCCCGGGCCUCUCCAUCAUGAACCUCCUCUCCCUCAUUUUCUGUGUGCCUGUACAGUUUAUAGGAGGUCGCUGCUUCUACAUUCAAGCCUACAAAGCAGUGAAACACAAGUCUGCAAACAUGGAUGUGCUGAUAGUUCUGGCCACUUCAAUCGCCUUCACCUACUCACUAAUCGUCCUGUUAGUGGCAAUGGUGGAGAAAGCAAAAGUCAACCCCAUCACCUUCUUCGAUACGCCUCCCAUGCUGUUCGUCUUCAUCUCUUUGGGACGUUGGUUGGAACAAAUAGCUAAGAGCAAAACAUCUGAGGCUUUGUCCAAACUGAUGUCUUUACAAGCUACGGAGGCCACAGUGGUCAUUCUCAGCAGUGAUAAUUCUAUCCUCAGCGAGGAGCAGGUGGACGUUGAGCUGGUGCAGAGAGGUGACGUGGUCAAGGUUGUUCCUGGAGGGAAGUUUCCUGUCGAUGGGAGGGUUAUUGAAGGACAUUCGAUGGCCGACGAGUCUCUCAUCACAGGUGAGGCCAUGCCUGUGACAAAAAAGCCUGGGAGUUCAGUGAUCGCAGGCUCCAUUAACCAGAACGGCUCUCUGCUCGUCAGUGCUACUCACGUCGGCAUGGAUACCACACUGUCUCAGAUUGUUAAACUUGUCGAGGAGGCUCAGACGUCAAAGGCUCCCAUCCAGCAGUAUGCAGAUAAGAUCAGUGGCUACUUUGUGCCCUUCAUUGUUGCCAUAUCUCUCAUAACACUGAUUGCCUGGAUCAUCAUUGGGUUUUUGGACUUCUCCCUUGUGGAGAUGUACUUUCCAGGUUAUGACAAAAGCAUUUCGAGGACUGAGGCAGUGAUUCGCUUCGCCUUCCAGGCCUCCAUAACAGUGUUGUGCAUCGCCUGUCCUUGUUCUCUUGGGUUGGCAACCCCAACAGCUGUCAUGGUGGGCACAGGGGUUGGAGCCCAAAACGGCAUUCUGAUAAAGGGAGGAGAACCACUGGAGAUGGCACACAAGGUACAGUCAGUGGUGUUUGACAAGACUGGAACCAUCACAUAUGGUGCCCCUAAGGUUGUCCAACUCAAGAUUGUUGUGGAGGGGAAUAAGAUGCCUCGCUCCCGCCUGCUGGCCAUUGUUGGUACAGCUGAGAACAACAGUGAACACCCUCUGGGAGCAGCUAUCACCAAAUACUGCAAACAAGAGCUUGGCACGGAGUCUCUUGGCACAUGCAUAGACUUUCAGGCAGUAUCGGGCUGCGGCGUCCGGUGUCAGGUCAGCAACACGGAGACUAUGCUGAGGCAAGCAGACAGCGACAGUGAGGACAACAACCAGCGCAACAGUGUGCUUGUUCAGAUCAGUGACACCAGGAUGCCCAGCAGCCCCCACCCCCUCAUCAUGGACCCACAGCCAAGCUUGGCUCAAACAGCCACCUAUGUCGUCCUGAUUGGGAACAGGGAAUGGAUGAGGAGGAACUGCUUGCAGCUCAGACCAGAUGUUGACGAAGCGAUGAUAGAGCAUGAGCGCAGAGGGCGCACCGCUGUUCUAGUAGCUGUAGACAACAUGCUGUGUGCAAUGAUAGCCAUAGCCGACACGGUUAAACCCGAGGCUGAACUGGCCGUCCACACCCUGACCAGCAUGGGCCUGGAGGUGGUGCUGAUGACCGGAGACAACAGCAAGACGGCUCGGGCCAUCGCUGCUCAGGUGGGCAUCAGGAAGGUGUUUGCUGAGGUGCUUCCCUCUCACAAGGUGGCCAAAGUGGAGCAGCUGCAGCAAGCUGGGAAGAGAGUUGCUAUGGUGGGCGACGGUGUCAACGACUCACCUGCUCUGGCCAUGGCUGACGUCGGCAUCGCCAUAGGAACUGGGACAGAUGUGGCCAUAGAGGCAGCAGAUGUGGUGUUGAUAAGGAACGACUUACUGGAUGUAGUUGGCAGUAUUGACCUCUCGAAAAAGACGGUCAAGCGGAUCAGGAUCAACUUCAUCUUUGCUCUCAUUUACAACCUGGUUGGGAUUCCUAUUGCUGCCGGCGUGUUCAUGCCCAUUGGUCUGGUGUUACAGCCGUGGAUGGGCUCCGCUGCAAUGGCCCUGUCCUCUGUCUCUGUGGUUGUGUCCUCUCUUCUACUCAAAUGUUACACUAAGCCUACCGCUGAGCAGCUGGAGGCCAGACUGGGUAGUAGCAGGCGGCAAGGCAGCCUAUCUGACGUCAGCGUUCACAUCGGCAUGGGAGAGAUGCGCCGUCCAUCCCCUAAACUCAGCCUGCUGGAUCGUAUCGUCAACUACAGCCGCGCCUCCAUCAACUCCCUGCGCUCAGACAAACACUCUCUCAAUAGCUUAGUGCUCAGUGAGCCUGACAAGCACUCACUGCUGGUGGGUGAGGCCCUUUGUGAGGAGGAGUUCUGCUGAACACACUGAGCAAAAUAAAAGACUUGUCUGAUGAGAUGGGCAGUAACAUUUAUUCGAGGCUGGGCCAUGCUAAGAUAAAAGGGUUACAUUGAAUUAUGGCCCAUCCAUCUGCUGUAGGUGCCUUGAGGCAGCAGUGUUUACUUGAAGAAAGCUUAUAUGUCCCUCUGUUUCCUUUUGCUCAACCAGCUGACCACGUGCACUUCAGCUGUAGAUUGUCCUUAGUUGAGGUGACUACCUUCAAGGGCACCGUUGACAAACCUUUUUGCACUCUGUUCAGCGCCAUGAAGGAUUUUUAGAGGCUUGAAGCAGGUGUCCACAUCCAUGUAGAGUUAUAACCCUCUCUGACUGCGGUCAUUUGCCUUUACAAUCUCCAACAGCAGUCCAAAGACAUUUAAACUGUGAUGUCCCUUGAACAUGUGGAUACUACAGACAUGUAUUUUAAACAGAUUUCCUUGAAAGGAAAAUUUAAAACACUGUUGUAUGAUUAUACUCCAGACUAUUUAUAUUAUCAUUAUUUAUCUUUUUUUUUUUUUCAUUACGUCCUUUGUGAAGAAUUAAGUUGUUGAAUCCAAAUGCCAAUUUUCAGUUUACAAAUAUAUGUAACCGGUGAGCAUAAGAAGUCGAUCAAAGAAACCAUGUAAUAAGUUGGAAACUGAAUGCUGUGCAAAACCCAACCGAGUGAGCUGUAAAUGUAGUUUUUUUCCUAAGUGCCAUUUGAAAAGCCACCUUGGCAAAGUCCAACACAUUCCUGAGAUAACACUACACAGGUUAUCUUGAUCUGAAUGUGCAGAAAAUGUACACUGAGGUCAACCGAGGUCUGCUGAAGGUCUGGUUCUGCACUUUUGAUCAAUGAUAAGUCAAAGACUGUGAACAUUACUCAGUUAUGUGUAAGCAGAAGUUACUUGUGCUGGUUUUGCUAUAUUUGCCUGUUGCAGAUGGGCCUUACUAUGAAAAGGCUAAAAUACAAAUGCUUUCAUGUCCUCCUUGUGGUUACAGUAGAUAAGAUGGUGUUACUGUUCCUAAAGUUUUAUUCUAGUGAUACAGUCUGUCUUUUUUUUUCUCCAUAGGAUCUAUGCUAAUACACUUGGUAGAGAACACAUCAGUACAUGCAGAGUAAGUGUAGUUAUCUCAGCAGAUCCUCCAAACAAGUUACUGAGAAACACUGAUGAAUUCUUUCCACGUAAAACCAAAAUAUACAAUAUAUAUAUCGGAAAAAAAAUAAGAUCAAGAGUCAUUUUGCAAUCAACACUAUUUAACUUUUAAUUUUUCUAGUAAAAUUGAUAGAUAUAUUACUUUAGUAGGGUUGAAUUUGUAUAAAUUGCAACAACUAUUAUACUGUUCUAAGUAUAUUUGUGAGAAUCAUUCAUAACUGUUUGAUGAUAGAAAGAACCAUCACUUUGUGCUGCCACGUGCCGGUGAGCACGGUAAUGGGAAUCUGUUGUAAUUGUGCGAUGCUUUCUAAAGACGUCCGUAAGGUUUCAGAUCUGUGUGCAGACCACGUUUGCCAUCUGUUCUGAACGUCGUGUGCCUUUGAAUAAAACGCUUUUGUAACGCGA